AUGUCGACGAUGGCCGGGGGCCGCAUGCGCGACGCGAGCGUGAGCACGUUGUCCCAGAUGCGCCAGUUGUCCUGCGCGAUGGAGGCGCCGCGCCGCCAGGGACUGCGAGAGGAGCGUGGCCGGAUCGCGAGGCUUGAUCUUCUCUCCCUGGCUAGGCUCCUCGUCGUCUUCCUCGUCGUCAUCGUCAUCUUGACCCCUGUCGGCCUCCACGCCGCCCGCCUUCUUCUCCUCGAUGAUCUGCUUCUUUGCCUCCUCGACGGCCUCGAGGUACAUGCUCCAGAGCGAGCUGCCGAGGUUGCUCCACGUCCUGGCGUCCUCGCCGCCGACGACGUCGCCCGCGGCGCCGAUGGCGCGGCUGUACGCCUCCGCCGCAUCCGCGAAGAGGCCCAGCCGCAGGCUGAUGUCGCCCAGCCUCCCCCACAUCUCGGGGCUAAGCCGGUUGCACUUGGUCGCCAGCCGGUACGCGUCCUGCGCCUUGGUCCACUCCUUGCGUGCGAGGUACCACUCGCCCAGAGACUUCUGCGCGCGCGCGAACCGGUGCUUGGAGAUGUCCCACGCUCGCUCCCAGUGCGUCGGAUCCUCCUCCAGGUCGCCGAGGAUGCAGAACAGCCGCGGCGCGUUGGGCGGCGGCGGGCUGCGCUCGGGGCCGGUGAAGUCGGCCGGGUUGAGGUACGUAACGUCGCGGCCGAGGUCCUCGGCGUCAGGGUCGGCGUUCUCGACGACGGGCUGCCCCGUGCGGUGGAACAGGCGCCAGCGGACGAGGGCCUUGGCCUUGUCCUCGCCGCCGUUGCCGCGGCCCGAGUCGUCGUCGGCAGAGGCGCUGCUAGCGAGGCAGAGGGCGACCUCGGCCCAGAGGCGCAGGCGCUUGAAGAUCUCGAGGGCCGAGACGAGGGAGCCGACGCCGGCCCAGGAGCGCACGUGCGCCGGCGCCGUGUCGGUAUCCUUGGCGGCAGGGAAGAAGGACGUCGGCUUCUCGGUGUCGACGGGGGCCGCCGUCUCACCGGGGGCGGUGACGGCGAUGGCCGGGACCUCAGGCUGGUCGUCGUUGGCAACGUCUUCGGCUCUGGGCCGCGGGGCCUCGGAGGUGUCGACGACGACCUGGUCGACGACGGCCUGCAUCUGCAGCACGCCUCGCUCGACGGUCCUGCUGCGGUGGAUCUCGAUGCGGGAGCGGACGAGCAGGGCCUGGGUGUAGAUCUGCCAGUUGGUCGCCUUGUCCGAGACGACGCGCACGGCGUACGGCAGGACCUCCUCGGACGUGAGGGUGUCGACGGGAGAGAAGGUGUCCUUGAGCGUCGCCUCGGUCAGGAGGAUGAUCUGGUCGAGCGGCGACAGCUGGGGCUGCUCGUCGGGAGAGAUGUCCGCCAACGCCGGCGGGAGGCCAGAGGACGAGGCCGCCAGCUCACCAUGCUUGCCGCUGGCCUCCUUGGAGAAGUGAAUCUCCUCGAGCAGAGUAUCGUCGUUGAGCGCCACGGCCUCGGGCUUGGUCUUGGUGUCGCUGUCCUCCGCGCUCGCUGCCGGCGCGUCUGCCGGCGAGUCGCUCUUGGCGAGGACGACAAGCUGGCUGGUGCUCUUCUCCUGAAACUUUGUCCGCUUUCCGAGCGCGCCCGAGAGGGCAUACGCGAAUUUGCUCAGCUCAGUCGCCUCCUUCAAAGCCUCGCGCGCCUUGUCGUCACGGCCAAGCAUGAUGUGCGUGUUGGCUGUCUCGAGCAGCAGCUGCACCUUCUCUUCACGCGUCCAGGCGUCUUCGCUUGUCGACCACACGUCGUCGUCGAGGACCUGCUUCCUGACGGUUUCCAUGCCAAGGUUGAUCUGCUCCGCCAGGGUCGGCACGUCGAUCCACUGCGACGAUUUGGCAAAGUUGGAGCCCGGGCCGAGCGAGGGCUGGCUGAGCAGCUUGAAGUGCCAAACAUUGAUGCGCAGGCGGGUCCACGGCAGGCUGAGGCGAGACGACGAGAGUCUGACUACUGCGUCGCUGGCAGGCGAACGCUCGGUAAAGGCGUAGCGGGCGAGGGCGAAGAGCUCGAUGUGGGGGAUGUAAGGGUACGGCGAGACGCCGUCGACAUCGAGGGCCUUGAAGCUGUUCUUUCGCAACGUCUUGAGGAUGUCGGAUGUCUCUGA